AUGGUCGGCCGGUGGGGGCGGAGCAGAGAGCUCGGCGGCGCCGGAUGCAGAGGUGGGCGGCGCCGGAUGCAGAUCAGGCGGGCGGCGGCGUAUGCAGAGGCGGGCGGCGGUGGACGCAGAGGCAGACGAUGCUGGGGGUUUGUUGCCGACAGCAUACUACGAGGUUUUGACCUCAACAAACCAGCGCAAACAGAAGGUUAUGAUGGUGCUGAUCAAGAUGGGAAUGAUGCAGCAAAUUUUGUUCCUGGACCAAAUAGUACAGCAACUGCAGGUGCUUCCAAUGUUGCUGAAGAAGAUGGUGAAGAAAUUUGUUCACAGCCUAUGGUUCCAUUUGUUGGGAUGAUGUUCGAUGACCUUGAUGUAGCAAAACAAGUAUAUAAUGACUAUGCGUGGAAGCUUGGUUUCGGCAGACGCAUUGGAAACACCAAGUAUAGCACAACACGAGGAGUGCCAAAGGACACGAUUCUGAGCAGAGUGUUUGAGUGUGUGCAUACUGGUAAACCAGCAGCUGAAUGUAAGAAUGCUGCUGCGAGAAGCAAAGAAGCUGCUGCAAAAGUAAAAGAAGCUUCUGUCGAUAUGAGUAACAUUGGUGAGCAAAAGUCAAGAAGCAAACAAGCUGGAUCUGAGAUGGACGUGAAUGAAUCAAAGCAGCGUAAUAUUUUGCUUCGAUGUGACUGUAAAGCACAUAUGGUUGUUGGGAAGCGGAAUGGCCUUUGGUCUAUCACUGUUUUUAAAGAAGAACACACCCACCCAAUGGUGAAGCUAGCAGGGAGGCGAUGCUACUACAGAUCACAUAGGAAAGUCCCAGAAGAAGAUUUCCAAUUCCUACAGACGCUACAUAAUCAAAACAUUACAACCGCUCAGAUAAUGGGUUGUCUAGGAAGUGUGCAUGGUGGCGACCCAAGGACGCUAGGCUACGUGAAGAGAGAUGUGUCUAACAUAAGGACAAUGCUGCGAGAGGAAGUAUCACAUCGUGAUAUGAGCAUGGUGAUUGAGUACUUUGAACGCAGGAAAGCAGAAAGUCCAAAUUUCUUUUAUGACACACUAGUGGAUUCAAACAAUGCUAUCAGAGGACUAUUCUGGGUGGAUGGAAGGACCAGAGCACUAUACCUUAAGUACAAGGACUGUGUUAUGCUUUGCUACCGGAUGAAACAACAGAAACAUUCAAGUGGGUAUAUAUUUGAAAGGUGGAUGCUCGCAAUGAAUCAGAUGCACCCAGAUCAUAUAAUGACAGACCAGGACCAGGCUAUAGCUACUGCAAUUGACAAGGUAUUUCCAAAUUCAGUACACAGAUGCUGCUUCUACCAUGUGCUGCACCUUGCAAGGAAAAAACUUGGUCCAAAUUUGGGAGAAGGCCAUCCAUUUGCAGAUGCAUUUUACUCAUGCAUAUAUGGAACUGAUACUAUUGAGGAAUUUGAAUUCUGCUGGCAGCAUAUGCUGCGAAGCUUCGACAUGGCAGAGAACAAUGACCUCAAUAAUAUGUGGAAGAGCAGAAAGACAUGGGCACCAGUUUACUUCAGGAAAAGUUUUUUCCCAUUCACAAGCACAACUGGAAGAUUGGAAGGCCUUAACUCAUACUUCAAGACAUUGGUUCGCCCUAGUGACUCCGUGUGGAAUUUCGUGCAGCAGUAUGAGUUGUGCCAGAAUUUGAUGUUGGAUCGUGAAGACAAUGCGGGCUUCACAAUGAAGACGACGACAGCAAAGCUUUGGGGCAGUUACAGCAUUGAAGAACAGGCAUUGAAAUUUUACACAAGGGAAGUCUUCGACAGGUUCCAAAAAAUGGUGCAGAGUUCUACAAGAUUUUACCCUAUCCAUGUAGAGGCAGAAGGCUUAUGUUUUGAUCUUGUUCCAAAUCAAGACCUUGAUGUGAAAACUUAUCGGGUUGCAGUUAACCCUGAAGAAGGAUUGUACACAUGUGGCUGCAACAUGUUUGAGAUGUGUGGUUUAAUAUGCCCACAUAUCAUUAGGGUAAUGGUGCAGCUCAAUGUGCAGCAAAUACCAGGAAGAUACAUGCUUGAAAGGUGGUCUGCAGCAGCAACAGCACAUGCCCCGGAACCUGGGACAAAUACAAUCAGAUUUGGUGUCCCAACAACUAACACACUCAAGUACAACUCACUGUGCAGAAAGAUGAAUCAGUUGGCAUCUGACGCAUGCUUCGAUGAUGAUACAUAUGUUGCUGUUUCCCGCAUUGUUGACGAAGCAAGCAAAGUUGUUGCUACAAUGAUUAAAGAAAAAAGUCGAGUGCAGCAAGAAGGAGAAGGUUAUCAGCAUAGACAGGGUGAGAACCAGAGACAGCAAAAACCUGAAGCUCCACAGCACCAUCAACAAACAACAACAGUAGAUGGUACUGCAAGUCAACAGGUGAAGAAUCCUCCACGUAUGAAGCCAAAAGGUCGCCCAAAGAUAACAGAAAAGCGAAGGAAGACAUUGGUCGAGCUGCGGGAUGAGGCCAAUGAGAAGAGAAGGAAGAAGCAAAGUGAGCCUAAAACACCAAAAGAGCCAAAACCAAAGAGGAAGUACAGGAAGAAGAAGUGCCCAUUCUGUGGUGAUGAAGAUCAUAUAUAUGUAAAGGAAUGCAAGUACAUGAAAAUUGCUUUGGCUAGAGAAGAUGCAAUGCAAGCGGGAGCAGAUUUGACAUUAUAG